AAUAUAAGUAGCUGUGUUCAUUGUAUGAAGGAUCAAACAGUGGCCAGGUGUCGGUGAGUUGGAAUCUGCAAGUUGGAAGAAAUCACAUUAUAUCAGAAUGAGGAGCUUUAUCAUCAUCACAGUGCUGUCAGCACUCGCAGCCUGCUAUGGUGCUGCUGUCGUUCCGAGCGAGGAGAUGUCUGAAGGCUGCACCAUGAUAUUCGACGAAAUGUCACCCGACGGAAGGAUUGUGCCUAACGCAGAGCUUAACGCUAAAUCUAGCGAAUGGAUAUUGAUAUCCGAGGGAGUAGUGAACGCCCCAGCGGUUCCCGGGCAAGUCCAGCGUGUUGGUACAUGGCAUCAGGCCGAUCUUGGAGUCCGUAUAGAGAGACUGGCAUUAUCUUAUGGCGCAUUUCCUGCUGAUGUUCAACACACUCCCUUGGGAAGUAAUUUCUUGGAAGUCAAGAUAAUAUCAGCUCUUGGUCAACGAGUAGCGGCAACAAUUUCUGUAUACAGGAGAGGGUGUUGCUAAUUCGGGCUCGUGAACAUUUCUACUACUUUACAGUCUGCAUGAAUAUUGUUAUCCGAAAAGAAAAGUUGGUAAAUAAACGUUAUUAUUGAAAGGUUGAA